UUACAUAUAUUUCUUAAAAUCACACCCCAUGACCUAAAUAUUUCAGGUUUCAACAUUUUCAAAUAAUUAUAAUAAUACUUUCUGCAUGAAAUUAACACAUGGUUGAAAACAUGAUAGGCAUGAAACAAUUGUGUUCAAGGACUCUUGGAAAAUUAAAAUGCACAGUUCAUGCACAAAGUAAAACCCUAAAACAAAGAUUCAAACAUUAUUUAUUUUGAUUAUUCAUCAAUUGACUUCCAAGUUACAAGUCCAAUCUUGACAUUGGAGGUGAGAGAAGAUCAACAUAAGAAAAAUGGAAUCUAUUGAUGAAGAUGAAAACCCUAUUUCCAAAAAGUGCAAAAUUGCAAAAAACUCAAUUGAAAGAAGACUUCAAGGAAAACAAGAGAAAACAUUUACCCUGGACAAAAAAGUUUAUAUGAGCCAUCCACUGGUGUUAAAUGUACCAGAAGCCUCAAUUGAAUUUUCACCACAAAUUGAGUCUUGCAAAGCUACAAGUAGUUCAAGUGCCAAAGAAGCUUGGAAGCGUAGACAAGGAAAAUUCAAGCUUGCAACUCCUGAAUCAGAAACUCAAUACAUGUGGUUGCCCUUUUUUGAGUCAUUGAAAGAAGAUCCAACAAGGCCGGAGUUUGUGUAUUUGCAACCACCAUUGGUUCCAAAGUCUCCAAAGUAUGAUCCAUAUGAAUUGGAGAUUGUGAGGCAUUGCCACCUCCGCCAACAUGCUGCGUGUUUCCAUUACACCAUGAGCUCCAAAGGAGUCACCCUCUUCAGUUCCAAUGGCAAUGCCGAAUUUGAAGCAUUGGAUCAAUGGGAAAGAGCUUAUAAUCAAUUUAGAUGCAUCAUGCAUCUUAACAUUUUUUCCCAAUAUAAAAUUUGGAAGACAUGGGCGCUUUGGAAACAUUAUGUUCGCAGAAAGAAAAAAACAUUGGCCAGUGCAAUUAUUCAAAAAAACUUGUUUGCAAAUCAUGUAAUUUUUGCAGAUGUGUUGGUCAAAAUACGCAAGAUAGUUGUUAAAAUUUGGACUAUGCGGUUUUAUUAUCUUGAUCCAAAGAAAAUAUACACGUUGAAUGAAUUCAUACAAGAGCAAACAAUUAAAAAAAAUAUUGUUGAUUUAGACAUAUCACAGUAUGCAAGAGAUAUUAUAAUAGCAAUAAAAAAUGCUUGCAUGAAUGCUUUAGCUCAACUUGAAGAAAGUCUUUUGGGUACCAAUGAUUCUUCAAUGUCACUCCCAAAUGAAGAAUCAGAAAACCAUGAACGAUACACCUAUUUGAUAGCAGCAGCAAAGAGAUUGGAACAAUCACGGCUUUUAAGUUUUGUAAGGUUGGUGGAUUAUCUCAUCACGGAUGCAUUACACAUGGUGUUGAAAUCUACCUUAGAAGACUUGGUCUUCAUCUUUCUCAACUUGUAUCACAAUGAAGUAAAUAACAAUGCUAUAGUGGCUUUGCAAAACCACAAUGUGGGCGGAAGAGAUGAUGAAGAAGACGAGCAUGGCUCUUCUAGAGAUUCCAUUCUAAUGAGCUCACCAAAUCCACAAUCCUCUCUUGCUAACUCUUCUUCUACCAUAAAUGAAUCUUUUGAUGAGGAUGGAAAAAAAGUUGCUACACCUCCACAAUAUCUCAUGGUGGAAUUGUGGGUUUGUGAUGAAAUUCUUGUUUUCCAUCCUUCUUUUCAAGAUUACAAAAUAAAGAUUGAAGGAUAUGUCAAAGAUAUUUUGAAUGUUGUACGUGUUCUACGGAGAAUGCUUUAUCAUCCCGAGCUUGAUGGAGUUGUUGAUAAAGGAGAUGUGGAUGUUGAGAAUUUGACAUCCUAUGUUGAUCUUAUUGGUGAAAAUCAAUUCCAUGCAAUUCUGAAAAAAAUUCCAAAAAUUAUAAAAUCUUCAUUUAAGAGUAUUGAAUUUGUUAAAGAACCAUUUCAAAAGCACCUUGACCAAUGCAUAGCAAAUCGACUUAUCACGCAUGACAUGUUACUAAAGGAGGUUGAGGAAGGCAAAAGAGACUUACAAAUGUUUCGAGAUGAUAUAGAAAUAUAUCUUUGCCAAGAAAAUGCCAUAGCCCACCUUCCAGACUAUUAUGAUGUGGGAAUCUUUCAUAUCAUAACAGCCAAAGCUAAACAAUCUUUGCUUCCUUUGCCUCAACAAGCCAAAAAAAUCAUUUUUGCUUUGUUAUCCUUUGUUGCUGGAAAAUUAUUAACAGAUUUUAUGAAUAAAAUCCAUGAAGCUGAAAAGAAACUUCGUGUUGUCCCUAAUAGUGUGGAAUCAUUUGUUGACAUUGCAAACUUUAAAGAUGAUUUGCAAAAGACAUUGGCCAAUUUGGAGGACCAAAGUAAAAGCAUUGUUGACCAUUAUGAGUUGAUAAAGGAAUAUGGUAUGGAGGUGCCCGCCAUGGAACAAGCCUCCUUCCAAAUGAUGGCUGUGGAUUUUACAUCAUGUAAAGAAGCAAUGGAUUUAGUUGAAGAUGCCAAACCCCUUAAUAUCAAAAAGUUUAGCUCUGACCUCUCCAAUGAAGUUAACCUCCUUCGUAAAGAUGUCAUUGAUAUCCGCACCUCUGCACAAGCCCCUAUGAUCUUAAGCGCCAGUAUGUAGGGUCACAAGAGUGUGUAUAUAUCUAUAUCUAUAUAUAUAUAUAUAACAUAAUGAUUGUUGAAUAUUAGAAUCAUAAGCAUAACUUGUUAAAUAUUUUUUAAAAAAAGUCAAUGAUAAGAAUGUUGGUUAAUAGGGAGGAAAUAUUUGUGACUUGGUGAUCCAAUUAGCAUAACUAAAAUGUUGUGAGGAUUUCUAAGUUCAUUGAAACUUUUGAGAGGUAAAUAGUUGCAAUGUAGAUGAGUGGAUUAUUGGAGAAUAUAAGAAGAUGGUAAUUAUAAUGUGUGGUAUCAUAAAAUUGAAACAAUACUACACUGGUCAAAUAAAAGAGUUAGUAGUGUUCAUAAAACAUAAAGAAAACAACUAACAAAAUAUCAUCACAUUUACAUUCUAGGAGCAACAUGGUAAAGGAAAACUGGUAUAGUAGAUUAGAUUGGAUAAACAAAUUCAAAUUAGGGUUAGUAGAUAAAGUACUAUUUCAAACUAUCAAUGUUGUAUCAAAGUUUAUGAAAAUAACAUGAACCACAUUGUAUUGAUGGCAUAAUAGAUAAAAUGGCAUUCAAGUUAAUCAUAGAAACCCAAAGCUGAUGAUAAAAAUUCAGAAUUUUUAUGAAACCUUUUUUCCUAUAUACAAGUAAAAAUCUGGAGAUUGUCACAAUCUUAUACCUUUCAAA